GUAAUAAAACAGCAACUUAUGACCAUUUUGAAAGGAGUCCAAUUAUAUAAGUAGAAUAAAAAAAAAUCUAGAUUCACUCUCUCAUCUUCCGGGUUUCACAUCCCAGGAGAUAAAAGACGUAUUUUUCGCCAUCUAUCCCGCACCUUCAGGAUCCGAUCCUAUUUUCACUACUCCAACCUCAUCCAGCAUGGAGAAUAUGCAGAGUUAUUGGCAAUUGGGAGAUGAACUUCGAGGACAAUCAAAAGUUUCGGAGGAUCAGCUAUGGUAUGCAGCUGCUUCAAGGUUAGCUGAACAGACAAGGUCAAAGGGUGAACGAAGAAACAAUUUAGAUCUUUCAAAAGACAGUACAAGGCCCAGAGAGAAUGUGGUGUUUCAAGAGGAAAACAAAUUUGAAAGCCUCAACUUGAACAUGUUAAAUCUGAAUCUGAAUCUGGAGAUGAACAAAAAUCCCCUUCGGUACAACACAAAUAACAACAUGUAUCAGAAGGGAAACAAUAGAAUUAUGGAAAACAACAUGACUAGUAGCAAGUAUCCUGGAAACAGUCACCACAACAAGGAUAUCAACAACAACAACGAUAAUAACAAUGCUAAUGCUGCUGCUGCUGCUGACAAGAGAUUCAAGACCUUGCCUGCAGCUGAAACACUCCCUAGAGAUGAAGUUCUUGGUGGAUACAUCUUUGUCUGUAACAAUGACACUAUGCAGGAGGAUUUAAAGAGACAGCUAUUUGGUUUGCCACCAAGAUACAGAGACUCUGUUAGGGCAAUCACACCUGGGUUACCUCUGUUUCUGUACAACUAUACGACUCACCAGCUACAUGGUAUUUUUGAGGCAACGACAUUUGGUGGUUCCAACAUUGAUCCGAGUGCGUGGGAAGACAAGAAGUGUAAAGGGGAAUCACGGUUUCCAGCGCAGGUCAGAAUCCGAAUAAGGAAAGUGUGCAAGGCAUUGGAGGAAGAUGCUUUUAGGCCUGUCUUGCAUCACUAUGAUGGUCCUAAGUUUAGGCUUGAGCUCUCCAUCCCUGAGACAUUGGACUUGCUAGAUCUGUGUGAACAGAAUGGAGUGUAAGUUUUAGUUUCAGAGUGUUGUAUUGUUUUAAAGUAAGCAGCAGCCAUUUUCGUCUUCAUGGAGCUUCUGUAUAAGCGUAAGCUUGGGUGAAGUUGUUUUGUGGGGAAGCCAACGUGAAUAAAAAGUGAUUGAUAUUGUUAUUGUGUGGUAGCCAGCAGCUUUGUUUGUGUUACUUUUAAAUUUUAAUAGCAGCAGCAGCAACAACCACCUAAUCCUAAUGGAUAAUGUGACUUUACUUUUUGUGUGUAAUGAAUGAUAUGACAAAAGAUAUAUGAUAUAAUUACUAUCAUAAAUCUUAAUUUA